GAGGCAAAGAGGAGGUGGCCGUGUCGAGCGUAGGCACUCCUAUCCAGAGGUCGGUGAGCGAUGCUUGCUCUGCUCACGCACCAUCCAGGCAGUCAGGAAGGCAACGGAUUCACUCUCAGCCCAGACGCCGGAGGCCCACAUUCGGCUCUCUGCACGCUCCUCCACAGAGGCAUGCCCCCAGGACAGAGCCGGCGCUACUGCCAGCUGUAGGACCCAGCAGGCACGUCCUCGUCCCCAGCUCCCAUCUCUUCGCUUGCCUGUUCGCUCUCAUCGUGCUGCGAGAGGCAGAGGUUUGCUUUUAAUGCUCCUUGAUCAGUAAUCCUUCCCUUCCCCCAAGCUGCUGCUGUUUUCAUUGAACUUCUUGAAUUUUUGCUGUUUCUGCAUGGCCAUGAUGCCUACAGUCGUGGCAUGGUAUGGAGCAUUGUUGCUGGCAGCAAGCCAGCUGCAGGUGGAGGCCCAGGGACAGGAUUCCGCCGGCGCCCCCUGGAGGCAGAUGAUCCGGUGGGAAAAUAACGGCCGGCUCUUCAGCCUGCUCAACAGCGGUUCCGAGUAUUUGCCCGCGGGUGGGCAGGAAGAGCGGAGGCACCAGGUGUUGCUGGCCGACGAGCCUCGCCGACGGGUGCAAGGAGGCAAUGUACGCAGGCAGGCACCCCCCAGAGGCAGCUCUGAGACGGUGCGGGGCCAGGCCAGGCACCCCUUUGGAUUUGGGCAGGUACCAGAAAACUGGCGCCAGGGAGUGCUGAGCACUGGUGACACCAAUGGACGCUUUCAGUCCUCUUCUAGCAGCCGAUUCAGAAGCUUCGGGAGCUCUUCUUCACCAUCUUCAUCUUCCUUCUCCCAGCCUUCCCUUAGUGGACCAUCCUACCCUCAAUACCCCUUUCCACAGCAGCCAUCCUAUCCAGUGCCUCAUGAGCCUAGUCCUGCGGAGGUGCCAGGCCGGAGGUAUGAGACACCAUACCAGCGGGGACCGGGUUACUCUGUGGGCACGGGUGGAGGCUAUGUUGCUGGGGGGUAUUCUACCUCUGGUUUUACUGGAGUGGGUUAUGCUGGUCCGGGUUUAGCACCGGUUCAGCCGCGCUCCCCUGUGGAAUAUACCGAGGAUGGCUACCGGUUCUACCAAUCUUAUGGCUCACCAUACGUGCCCAACCCGCCAGUUCCAGCUCAGCCAUCCUUCUCCGAUGGUCUGGACCGUCGUUACACCCACAGCCUCUACAAUGAGGACUCUAGCAGUACCAGGUCAGACACCAACAUGGCACCAGCAGCUCCACCAGUUGCUCCAGCUGCUCCAGCUGCUCCAGCUGCCCCAGCUGUGGAGAGGACACCUGUGCGAAGUCCCCAAUAUGAACAAUUUCCCCCUUUCGGCAGAGGACCACCCCAGCCACACAUCCUUCCGCAGUACCCAUCUAGUAGGAACCCCUUGUCUCCCAACAUGGCCAUAGAGAACCCCAGCAUCAAUGUUGGGAGUGUCUACCGACCUGAGCAAAGAGGUCUGCCUGAUCUGGUUCCAGACCCCAACUACGUGCAGGCUUCCACAUAUGUGCAGCGGGCCCACCUCUACUCCCUCCGCUGUGCCGCUGAGGAGAAGUGCUUGGCAAGCUCGGCCUAUGGUCCCGAAACAACGGAUUACGACAUCCGCGUGCUUCUGCGCUUCCCCCAGAGGGUGAAAAACCAAGGGACGGCCGACUUCAUGCCCAAUCGGCCCCGACACACCUGGGAGUGGCACAACUGCCACCAACACUAUCACAGCAUGGACGAAUUCAGCCACUAUGACCUCCUGGAGAUCAGCACAGGCCGCAAGGUUGCAGAGGGCCACAAGGCCAGUUUCUGCCUGGAGGACACCACCUGUGACUUUGGGCACCUGAAGCGGUACGCCUGUACGUCCCACACUCAGGGUCUGAGUCCAGGCUGCUAUGACACAUAUAAUGCUGAUAUUGACUGCCAAUGGAUCGAUAUCACGGACGUGCAGCCAGGAAAUUAUGUACUCAAGCUCCAGGUCAACCCCAGGUAUCUGGUAUCGGAGUCAGACUUCACCAAUAAUGUCAUCAGGUGUAACAUACACUACACAGGGAGAUUCGUCACAACCACGAACUGCAAAAUCACGCAGUCCUGAUGUUCUGCUCUUCCAGAAUGUUCUACAGAGGAGAGGGCAAGGGGGUUACAGCGAGAUGUGGGAUGGGGCUGGAUAUCCAGCAAAAUGCAAACGAAAUCCUUUUGGUUUUUUAAUGUGUUUGUUUUUUUUGUGUCAUUUGUUUUGUUCUGUCUGAUGAGCCCACGAUGAACAGGGUUCUGCUGGCACCGAGGAUUGCACAGAGGUGAUUAGGCAAGCUAACACUGCGAAAGGCUUUGUCAGGGCUCCAGCAAAGCUGUUGCUAUGCUUUUAUGAAGAUCCGCAUGCAUCGGAAACAAUCUCCAAUUGUCUCCUGAACCCUAACAUUGGGGUUUCGGCAUGCGCUGCCCAUGUCAUGGUAGAGCUCCUAUCCAGCAGGUAAAAAAAGCAUGGGAAGGUGCUCAAGUGACACUUAUCUGCAUCUGGGAAAGAGCACCACCAAUAUAAAAAACUGAGAGGAACCAUUAUUUCAUUUUAAUAUUUUCCCUCUUUGUGCUGAGCGCAGUUUUAAAGAUAAUGCAACAACUGAGUCUGGAGACUGAGAGUGAGGUGUCGAGUGUAAGAGCAUAGUUUCUACAAUACAGUCUCCACGUCACAGCCCAUAUCACCAGACAAAAAGAGGUUCAAUAAGUCAUCAUUCGAACCCUCAAAAAGGGAGUGAAGCAACCUGGGAAGACACCUGAGUAUUCUGGUCUGCGAGGAAUUAAUUCUCUAAAAAAUUGACAGUGCCUUCAAGCUGGGUUUCUUAGUUUCUUUAAAGCUACCAACACUGGUCAGAUGCCAAGCUGGUCAUCUCUGUUAUGUUAAAGAAUGUACACAACAAAUAACCCACUGUUGCAUGAGAUUGUGGAGUACUGACUUUUGCUUGUUUUUUUUCUUUUUAUUUUUUUUUUUUGGUCUUAUUUUGUUGUAUUCUCUUUCUACCGAAGAGUUCUUCAGUACUGUGUCAAAAUUGUUACUGUUGUCUGUGAACCUCUUAUUUCAUGGCAUUUCUUCCUAUUUCAGACCAAAUGAAUAUUUCAGUAAUCCAUCGGUCACACCAUGGGGUUAAUGGAAAACUACUGUUACAUCACGGUGUUGAACCCAAACGCUGUAUGUACCUACCUCUAGAAGAAUGAGCUGUUUUCAGCGAAGUACAUGAUUUACACCAUAAACCCCUCUGACAGAUUGCCGUGACCUUCUGUAAGCGCCCAAGAACAACAUAGGCAAUGUUCUUUUUUUGGUCUGCUGAAAGUAUUAAAGGUGGAAAACUUCUAAAGCACAAGAAACUUGCAGAUCAGACAUUUAACAAGCACUUUCUAUUGUAACCAGUUCUUAUACCAUAUAACAAGCUAUCCUUAACAUUGUGUGUUUCCUGUGUGACCACAGACCAAGCUUUUGUCAUUCUGCUCUUUCACUAAGGUUGUAGGUUUAUUAUGACUAUGGGGAUGGCAUAGGGCUUUCUCUGCCAUGGGACCAUUCUUCUACAACUGUUGUGAUCUGGCACUGAGGUCAGUUUGCUUGAAAUCUGGGUGGUUUUCCCAAGACCGUAGAGGUAUUUCCAAAUAUGAAUAAAAAAAUCAUGCUAGAAUGAAACAUUAAGGUGAAAGUGUUGUUUUCAUUUAGACUGCAGGAAAGAGGUCUUCAUUUAAAUUAA